AUGUCUCACCACUUCCAUAGUGAAUGGUUUUCUUCUGCAUUCCAAGGAUCCGAAGUGAAUGCACCGAAUAUAUGUCCACGAUCGUCUCUUGCCACCAUUAUACAAGGUGAGCGAUCACGCAGUCUCGAGAAAAAUGUCUUUAUACUGAUACCAUUCUUUAGUGUGCUGUAUGCCAAUUCUAAAAUAUCAUCGUUAUGUCUCAAUGGUAAAUGA